CCUCUGCCUUCCUGCCCCCUCCAGCAAUGGAGGAAGGGCAAGAUGAGAGAAGCAGAACAAUUUGUGCAACAUCGCGGGAAGAGGUGAAAGUCAGAGGGAGAGAAAAGAGGAAGCGAAAACGCAGCCGAAGCCGAUCAUCAUCUAUUUCAUCUACAUCAUCCUCUAGUAGUAGUUCUACUUCCUCCUCCUCUUCACACUCUUCAUCAAGGUCUUCCUCCUCCUCCUCCUCAAGAAGCAGAGAUUCUCCCAAGUCCAAAUCAAAGAAAAGGAAGAAGGAAAAACACAACAAAAAGAGAAGGAAAAAAGAGAAUAAGUUGAAGAAAAAGAAAGAAAAGAAGAAAAAGCGAGAGAAAUCAGGACCUGUUCAACUUUCCAAGUACUUCAAAGACAAAAAGAAAAAUGAAAACUACAGUAUGAUAACAGGAAAAAAGAUAAAGAUGAAAAUAAAGAAGAGUAAAAAGGAUAAAGAGAGGGAUCGAAACCGCGCAGAACUUCUUGAAUUCCUAAAUUCUGCCUUGUGAUGGAAAGAGUGCUGAGUAAGGCUUGUGAGUCCAUCAAGUCAACCUGUCAUCAUGCCUAGCAGAACACUAAAAGGAAACUCAGGGAAAAGGGCGCUGUUUGUAACAAGUCUGCUUUCUCCUGCUGGGAAGACAAUCAAAAUGUCCUUCAUUACAGGCAAAAUGAAGAGUUGCUGAUAAUUGUUAAAGAAAACCCAUGAUCUCCUUUUGAGAUCCUAAAUUAAUAGCGAGGCUGCAGUGUUUUACAAGUGCUUAAAAUGUGCUGCUGAUCGCAGUCUGCAAUGAAAUGACAGUCUUGGAUCUCAGUGUCCAGUAUAUCCCAUCUUUGCAUGCAGAGCUCACUCUUAAUUUCAAAUGUCUUAAUAUUUCCAGUAACUUAAACAGAGUUCUUGUAGAUCAUCUGUUUGAAAAAUAAGGUGUUUCUGUAUAGGUAUUUUUGUGGUGAUUUUAUUUGUUCUAAAAAGAAAUGUCCCUUUGUAAAUAGCACAGAAAUAAGUAGUAUCAUUUUUUUAGUACUGUAAUCAUCCUUUAGUAUAUCAUUUUCUCACAAAGUU